UUUAUUUUUAAAAGUAAUUGAUUAGUUUUAUCUUGUUUUAUUUGUUCACAUUUCAUCCUCCCAAAAAAUGAACCCAAAUUCCACCACCGCCGGAAAUCGCCGCAAGGCCAAGAAAUCCACUCCCUUCCCCUCCACGCGGUGGCUCCGGUCCACCAGCCCAAGCCGGCGGGUUUGCCCUCCACCCUUCGCAUCCGCAAUCGGCGACGGCGGCCUCUUUGUCGAAGAGCUCUCGCAAUUUGAGGCUCUUCGAAUUUCGCCGGAGAGCCCGAACCCUAGGAGCUCCCCGCACAAUGUGAAGCAGCAAUGUUGGGAGAAGGCGGAGAAAAUCAAGGGCCGCGAUCCGGAUAGGUGGCGGCGAGACUCCUUGGGCAACACUGUGUUCCGGAAACUCGCCGGCUGCCCAGGCUGCCUCUGCCAUGAUUACGAUCACAUUGUUCCUUACUCUAAGGGUGGAAAAAGCACCUUAGAAAAUUGCCAAGUUUUGCAGGCAACUGUCAACCGAUCCAAGGGAAACCGGACUGAGAUCUCCAAAAACGAGCUUAUUCAGAGAAGUGCCACUUGCCGGGUCUAAGGUCGCGAAAUGGACUUUCUUGAGCUGUCGUCCUAUGGUAAUGUUCGUCGUGGCCAAGAUUCCGGGGGAUGUAAGAUUCAAUGAUGAGAUUAGGAUGCUGCUAAGGAAUUUCUCAUAUAGAUGGGGAAACUAACUGUAUUAGUUGCUCGAACUGUAUAUUCAUCCAAUUUAUACUGCUAAAUAUUGGAACGAAGUUUGAUUUUUAGUUAUAAAAUUCUUAUACGUGCAA